GUUUGAACCGUUUGGAACCGCAAAGAGAAGUCCGAGCUACAGACGGAUGAAAUAACAGACCACAAUGAGCAAUCAGGAAGAGUCGUGGGAGAAACUAGACUCAGAAUUUGACCAUCACCUGGUGGACAUGAAACCAUAUGUGCUGAAACUUCCCCAUAAAUCAGAACGGCAGCGCUGUGCUAUGUGGAUCAAGAAGCUCUGCGAUCCUGGUGCCUCCGGGUCCGGCCUGAUGGCGAGGAAGAAUCGGAACAUGUAUGCCCGACUGCUGCUGCACAUGCUCAGGAGAGGGGUUCUGGAGGGCCCCUUUACCCACAAGCCCGAGGCCGGCCCUCUUAAGACUCUACCGACCUACAUGUCAAUUUACUUUGACGAGCCUCUGUAUGGGAGAUCCCUGGAUGAGAGCCCCGGAGGUCUGCCGGACUGGGUGACAUCAGAGCUGAGUGUGGGGGAGGAUGCCUGGUCCCCCCUGCGGAGAGAGAGGCCCAGCUCCCCUGCAACCUCCUCACAUGCACACAGGAGAAGACACACGUACGGGGAAAAGUUGCCGUCCCGCGCCCGGGCCUCCAGCCCAGAUCAAACGAGUGACGAGCGCAGGAGAAUAGUGACGUCUUCCGACGACAGCGACCUCGAAGCGCGCCUCAACAGCUGGAAUCUUGGGAUUGAAAAACCCAGGUAUUUGCGAGAGAGGCCCAUCCCGCUGUCUCCGACUGACAUGAAGACCAAGGUGCUGGAGGCCCGGUACCAGGAGGAGAGGCUGAAGAUGCAGCAGAAGCACGACAGCGACGUGCAGAAGAUUUUGGACAGGAAAAAUGGUGAGAUUGAGGAGCUGAAGACCUUGUACAGAAACAAGCAGAAAGACUCGGAGGAGACCAUUCGCAAGCUGGAGAAGAAAGUGCAAAGCCUCGUGCGAGAGUCGCAGGUUGUUCGCGAGAGCAAAGACAAGCAGAUCGCGGAGCUGAAGAAAAUGUUGGAUGACACAUCGGACUCGGCAAAAAACGAGUGGGAAAAAAAACUGCACGCUGCUGUUGCGGAAAUGGAGCAGGAGAAGUUUGAGCUGCAGAAGAAGCACACCGAGAACAUCCAAGAACUGCUGGAAGACACCAACCAGCGCCUGGCCAAGAUGGAGUCCGAGUACAGCGCACAGACACAAGGCACAGAGCAGAUGGUGAGGGAGCUGGAGGCUCGGGUGAAGCAGCUGUCCGUGGAGGUGGAGAACGGCAACGUGCUGCGGCAGAAGGUUACCCAGGAGAAGGCGGAGCUCGAGAUCCAGAUCGCCUCCAUCAGCUCAGAACUGCAGGAGGCUAAUCGCAUGAACUUUACCCUCGUGCGAGAGAAGACGGAGAUGGCGGAGCAGCAUGAGGAGAGCAUUCAGAAGGUGCAGGCUAAACACGACGCCGCCAUGAGCCACUUCCAGCAGGAGCAUGCCCUCUCUGCCGCCAAGGCAUCUGACGUGAUUGUGGACCUGGAGCAGUGCGUGGCCCAGCUCAGGCAGCAGUUACAGGACUGUGAGCACAAACGCCAGAAACAGCUCCGGGAGCAAGAGAGCAAGUUUCAGCAAGACAAAUCGGAUCUUCAGCAUGCCAGUGAGAAAAAGGUGCGGUCCUUGCAGAACGAGCUGGAGAAGGAGAAAACUGAGGCCAAGAAGAGAGUCUCCAAGAUGGAGGACCUGCUGAGGGAGAAGGAGGAGCAGCUGGAGCUGGUGAGAGAGACCCACAGAGUGCAGUCCCAGCAGGCAGAGAGCGCCCUGGAGCAGUUCAAGAAGCAAGUGGAGCUGAGCUCCAGCAAGGCCUACUCCGACAUGAAGCAGCAGAUGGAGAGAGUGGAGGCAGAUCUGGUCAGAUCAAAAGCGCUGAGAGAGAAGCAGGCCAAAGAGUUCUCCUGGCAGCUCGAAGAGCUCAAGCAGAAAUAUGAGCAACAGAUCGUGGAGCUGAAAAUGCAGCAGGAGCAGGAGAGGACCCACCUCUUCCAGCAGCACAAUGCCGAGAAGGACAGCCUGGUCCGGGACCACCAGCGAGAAAUCGACAAUUUGGAGAAGCAGUCGAGGGCCGCCAUGCUCCAGCACGAAACGCAGACCCAGGAGUGGAGGAAGCGGGACGCCCAGAGCAUGGCCCAGCUGGAGGCCCAGGUGCACAGCCUGCGGGAGGAGCUGCUCCAGGCCCACGCCCAGCGCAAGCAGCAGCUGAUGGAGCUGGGGCUGCUGCGGGAGGAGGAGCGCCAGCGCGCGGCCCAGGAGCAGGAGGCCGCGCUGGGCCGGCUGCGCGCCGAGAUGGACCGCGUCAGGCUGGACCUGGAGCGCACCCUCUCCGCCGAGAAGGAGCUGGCCAUAGAGAAGGUGAUCGCAGAUCUGCAGUCCAGCAUCAGCGCAGCCAAGGAGGAGGGCAGGCAGCUGCAGCUGGAGGGGGAGAGGCGGCUCCAGGAGGCUUCGGAGCGCUGGGACGAGGAGAGGAGGCGGAUCACCCGGGACGCGGAUAGGGCCAACAAGGCCCUUCAGGAGAAGGUGGAGAGCAUGCAGAAAGCCCUGCAUGCUGCGGAGAAGAGGCUGCUGAACCAGGAGCUGGAGACACAGGAGCAGGUCACUCAGGUCCGUCAGGAGUGCGAGCACAAGAUCAAGGGUCUGAUGCCAGCAGCACUGAGACAGGAGUUGGAGGACACCAUCGCUUCCCUCAAAUCACAGGUGAACUUCCUUCAGAAGAGAGCAGCUGUGCUGCAGGAGGACCUGGACUCGUACCGCAGCAGGAGGUGA